AUGUUUCGAGCGAUUAUCUCGUAUUGUAUUCUUUCCAAUAGUACGAUCAAUGAUGCAUUGGCCACUCUACUCAAUACUUAUUUGAUUACUACUGAAACACUGUCUCGUCAAGACUUUAAUGAGCAGACACAAGUGCUUAUAAGUAAUUUCCUAUCAAAUGUAAAGCAAACAUUCAAAUAUAUGUCCGUCCUUGCACAUGAGACCACCCGAGGAAAUCAACUUCUCAGCAGUCGAGUUUCGAACUUUUUCUUGGAUGGAAUCUUUGACAGUAAUCAAAAUCUGAUAAGAGUACAAACACAUCUUGGAACAAUGUCAUCGAUUGAUGAUAUGCUACCGACUUGCUCAUGUGCACUUAGUAUGUGCAGUCAACUAUUGGGAUUCUUCAAUAGGAGUAGUAAUGGUUCCAUAUUCACCUUAAUCACUGAGAUUCCAGGCAUGUACAGUGCAUGCUAUCCUUUAGAUGGACUUCGGAAAUCAACACUCGAAUGUUGGUUCAAUGAUACAUGUAUUGAGAUUAUUAGUUCCAAUUUGACACCUUUUCCAGUGGACAUCUCAUUUAAUCCAUUGAAUGCAAGCCAAUUGAUUCGUUUUUCUCCAAAAAGUACUCUUGGUGAUAUAAUUGAUGAAAUAAUGGUUGAGGAAUGGAGACAAACGAUCAGCUACGAAGCAUAUUAUAGAUCUUGCAAACCUCUGAAAUGUGUAUUCACAUAUACUCACAGACUCGAUUUGAUUUACGUCGUAACUACAUUAGCAGCUGUUUUUGGUGGUUUGUCAGUAUCUUUUCAAAUCGUCUGUUCAUGGCUCAUCAAGUUCUAUGUCCACCGGCGACGGACUAACACUGUAUCAACUUCAACAACGGCUACUGUCACAGCAUUACAAAGUACACCACCAGUUCCCAUUAUUCCUCUAUGUUCUAUAAAUGCGACAUGGAAGAGAGAAGCUGUAACAGUAGCUGGCUUUUCCAACAGUACAUCUGAUUCAUCACUGAGUGGACUUUAUUAUCCUGAAGAUAUUGUUGUCGAUGCCAUGGGCAAUUUGUAUAUUCAAGACUUUCUCAAUCGACGUAUUCUUUAUUGGCCGACGAAUUCGACCGAAGGCCGUAGCAUUGCGGGCACUGGUGUAUCUGGAGAGGAACCGAAUCAACUCAGAUCUCCAGAUGGUUUGCUAGGUGAUGAUCAAUUUUAA